AUACUUAAACAAGACCCCACUAUUUUGAACAUUCUUUUUUCUGACCCAGUAAAACAUCGAGAUCGAGUCAAGGGUUCUGAUUAGGGCUCCGAUUUACAGAGGAAAGCGCAGAGAGCAAACGACGACGGACAAUGGUGUGCGAGAAGUGUGAGAAGAAGCUUUCGAAGGUGAUAGUUCCAGAUAAGUGGAAAGAAGGGGCCAGCAACACCACUGAUGGUGGUGGCCGUAAGAUCAACGAGAACAAGCUUCUCUCCAAGAAGAAAAGGUGGACUCCUUAUGGAAAUACCAAGUGCAUAAUUUGCAAGCAGCAAGUUCACCAGGAUGCUAAAUACUGUCACACCUGUGCUUACAGCAAAGGUGUUUGUGCGAUGUGUGGUAAACAAGUACUUGAUACGAAGUUUUACAAACAAAGCAAUGUAUAACGCAUACCUGAUGUUUGUUGACAUUCUCUAUUAGAUUUGAUAACUCUUAAGGGCGUUGUCCUUACUGUAUAAUUGGUCCUUGUCCAUAACCGGAAUGCCUCAUAUGUAAUCCAGUUAUGCGCAUUCACCUUUGAACAUAUACACUUAUCUGGUGGUUUCUUUCUUUGAUAAUAGAUCGCUUUUUCUUCCUCUCCCUAA